AUGGAUCUGUAGAGGUGAUUGGACAGUCAUCAUGUGAGAAAAUAUUAUAAAAUGUGCAGAAAUCCUUGAAAUCUGUUUGAAGUGCGGUAAACCGUUCAGCUUGUAACAUAUUAACAUUUGAGCCAUGAGUGGAUGUCCGUAUUUUCAACAGAAAUUCUUUUCAACAAGUAAACAGCAAACAGAAGAUGAGAAUAAUGAUUCUCAGAUUGGAGUUAACAAAGCCAGCAAAGGAGGUAUUAUCUAUGGUGACUAUCUGAAGCUGGAUAAAAUCCUGACAUCUCAGGUGCUUCAAAGUGAGCUGAAGGGAAACAAGAUCCACGAUGAACAUCUGUUUAUUGUCACACAUCAAGCCUAUGAACUGUGGUUCAAACAGGUGCUUUGGGAGCUGGACUCAGUAAGAGAAAUCUUCAUAAGUGGACAUGUUCGUGAUGAGAGGAACAUGCUGAAAGUUAACACCCGCGUUCACAGGAUAGUGAUGAUAUUCAGACUAUUGCUUGAUCAGUUUGCUGUUUUGGAAACCAUGACCGCCUUAGACUUUUUUGACUUUAGGGAAUAUCUCUCGCCAGCUUCAGGUUUCCAAAGUCUACAAUUUCGACUGCUGGAAAACAAAAUUGGGGUCCCACACAACCAGAGGGUUCCCUAUGACAGAAGGCAUUACAGGGAUAAUUUCCGUGACCAGGAAAGCGAACAGCUCCUCCGCUCAGAGCAGGAAUCCACUCUGCUUCAGUUAGUUGAGCAAUGGAUGGAGAGAACCCCUGGCUUAGAGGAGGAUGGUUUUAAUUUUUGGGGGAAAUUGCAAACCAAUAUCUUCAAGGGGCUCGAAGCCGAGAAAGAGAAAAUCGAGCAAAAACCAGACCCCGAGAUGAAAGAAGAACUGAUGGCAGAGUUCAUUAAGCAUAAAGACACUUUCUUAUCUCUCUUCGAUGAGAAGAGACAUGAACAUUUACUAAGCACAGGUCAGAGGAGGCUGUCCUAUAAGGCAUUACAGGGAGCCUUGAUGAUCUAUUUCUACAGGGAGGAGCCUCGAUUUCAGGUGCCUUUCCAGCUCCUGACGUCUCUGAUGGACAUUGACACCCUCAUGACAAAAUGGAGAUACAACCACGUGUGUAUGGUGCACAGAAUGAUUGGCAGUAAAGCUGGAACAGGCGGCUCAUCCGGAUACCAAUACCUGCGUUCCACGGUCAGUGAUCGCUACAAGGUAUUUGUGGAUCUGUUUAACCUGGCCACCUUCCUGGUUCCAAGAGACUGGAUACCCAAGCUGAACCCGAAUGAGCACAGCUUCCUGUACACUGCUGAAUGCUGUGACAGCUCCUACUGCAGCAGCGAUGACUCAGAUUAAAGCUAUGGCAUAGUGGGCAGUGUGUUACCAGUUGGGUUCACACAGGUUUAAGUCUGGUUUGUGUCAUAUCCAAGGUGAAGAAAAUUGUUAUCUAAUUCUUACCAAGGAUAAUAUUUCUGUCGUCGUUUUGUGUUUUGAAGAAUAUAUGAAGAGUUUCGUUCGAAACGAGAUAACUCAGUUUUUAACAUUUUUGUCAAAACAUGUUUAUUAUUAUGUUAUCAUGUUAUUAUUUUGUUUUAUGGUGCUACUUAGAUGUAUUUUUUAAGUUAUGAAGGUUUAAAUCAAACAAACCAACUGCAGUUGAAUUUAUAUUAAUAGGCUUUAUGCCCAGCUGCACUACUUCCUGAACUUCAGCCAGCUCCUUGUCUCCUGUCUGCCAUUAUUGGACAAACUGAUUAA